AUGGAUCCUGCACUGCUUCGAGAACGUGAAGCGUUUAAAAAGAAGGCACUCGCUACGCCGAGUAUAGAAAAGAAAAAACGAGAUGACUCCCAAUUUAAAGAUGAUAGCAAAAAGAAAUCAAAAUCAUCGUCAUCAUCAAGCUCGGUCAGCUCUGGGCCGAAGCUUGAUGCUACAAACUACAAAACUAUGUCAGGAACAUCAGCAUAUAGGUUUGGUGUCCUGGCACGUAUUGUCAGACACAUGAGGGCCCGCCAUCAAGAGGGAGAUGAUCAUCCUUUAACUCUUGAUGAGGUGCUAGAUGAAACAAACCAACUGGAUGUCGGCAGUAAAGUGAAACAGUGGCUACAAACAGAGGCUUUGCAGAAUAAUCCCAAAAUAGAAUGCUCACCUGAUGGAAAAUACAUAUUUAAGCCUGUCUAUAAAAUUAAGGACAAGAAGUCAUUACUAAAGUUAUUAAAGCAACAUGAUCUCAAAGGACUAGGUGGUAUAUUGUUGGAAGAUGUACAGGAGUCUUUGCCUCAUUGUGAGAGGGCAUUAAAAAGUUUAGCUCAAGAAAUUUUGUACAUAACUCGACCUACUGAUAAGAAGAAAAUAUUAUUUUAUAAUGACAAAACAGCAACACUUGAUGUUGAUGAAGAAUUUGUUAAGUUAUGGCGCGCAACUGCUGUAGAUGCAAUGGAUGACGCGAAAAUUGAAGAAUAUUUAGAAAAACAGGGCAUCAAAUCUAUGCAAGAUCAUGGUCCUAGAAAGCCUGUGGUGCCAAAACGAAAGAAAACUGCACAAAAACGGAGACAGUUCAAGAAACCCAGAGACAACGAACAUUUGGCUGAUGUACUGGAAACUUAUGAAGAUAAUACUUUAACACAAAAAGGUGUUACAAUUAAAUAA